UCAACUUUGUUAAUGCAGUUGUGAAACGAGUGUAGAUGGGUCGCUAAUUAGCUUACGUUAGCGAUCUGUUAGUUUUGAUUUACGCCAGUGACUAAGUUACAGGAGGUGUAGUUAGAUAUCUGGAACGUUAGACUUAACUACAAACAAAAGUUGUUGUCUAAACCUGUUUUAACGCACCCAAUGAACUUGUAACGGGUGUGAAAAUUUUAUUUAUAUCAGAAAAGUAUGAUGUUUAUGAAGUUUGUCGAUGCUAAAAACGAUACAGUAUGUAUAAUAAAUAACAAACAUGUUAUCUUGGAGCAAAAAACAACAAAACACAAAGAAAUAUAAAACGACUCUUAUGGCAGAAUUGCAUAUAAUUGGACAAAUCAUCGGGGCCACCGGAUUCCCACAGAACAGCCUCUUCUGCAAAUGGGGUGUACACACAGGAGGAGCGUGGAGACUUCUUUCUGGUCUGAAGGAAGGCCAGACUCAAGUAGACAUGCCUCAGACAGGGGACAUGGCAUACUGGAGUCAUCCCAUUGAUUUGCACUACACUACUAAGGGCCUACAAGGAUGGCCAAAGCUUCAUCUCCAAGUGUGGCAUCAGGACUCUUUUGGCCGAUGCCAGCUGUAUGGCUAUGGUUAUAUCCACAUACCAUCAAGCCCAGGACAGCAUCGUUUGCAGUGCGUGACAUGGCGACCGCUGGGAUCCUGGCAGGAUCAACUUUCUGAGAUGUUUGUAGGAGGAGGUCCACAGCUGCGCUCGCCAGAUCUCAUUUACAGUGGUGCAGACCGAUACAGACUCCACACAGUUGGCAUGGGCACAGUUGAACUAGAGCUGUGCAUUUUUCUGCGCCACUUUGACAGAUAUGGUGUUGAGAGCUGAGAAUGGACUGCUGAUUGUCACACAUUUCAGAUCAGAGAUAUAUGGAGUGAAAAGAAGGUAAAAUAUUGUGUCAUAAUGAGCAGGAGGUAGUUCUGUAAGGUAUGUGUGAAUGUAAAACUGUUGAAUGUAGUAUGUUAUACAAGGAGUUGACUAAAAUGGUAUGUGAUUGAUUUAUCUCCACAGACUGAUCAUGUGUUGGAUCUCAAACAAUAUUUUUUUGUUUCAGUUUGUGCAUUUUUCUGUACACUUUAUAUGUUUUAUACAAUUGUAUUUUGUUUUGAUCCAAUUCAAUGUGGCAGUUUUUAAAUGUUUAUCAUUUCUGAAUUAAAUAUUUUUUAAGUCA